AUGUUCGACUUAGGUGACCCUCACCUACCGAAGCCUGUCGCGAUCAUCGGCACGGCAUGUCGACUUCCAGGCAAGGCAUCGAGUCUUUCCAAACUUUGGGAAUUGCUUCUUCACCCACGAGACCUUCUCAAAGAGAUUCCACAAGACCGAUUCCAAUGGAAAGGGUUCUAUCGCCCCGAUAGCCUCCUCAGCACAUCCAAAUCCAUCAAAGGGUACUUCCUCGAGGAGAACAUUCGUAACUUCGAUCCAACGUUCUUCAACAUCGCCCCAUCGGAAGCCGAGAAUAUCGAUCCACAACAGCGCCUCUUACUCGAGAACGUGUACGAGGCAAUCGAGUCGGCGGGUCUGACACUUAAACAACUACAAGGAUCGGAUACCGGGGUCUUUGUGGGUGCCAUGAGCAACGAGUAUUUUGACAACGCGAAUGUGGACGUUGAUGGUGCAAAUGGAACCCUUUUGACGACCGGCACUAGUCGCUCUAUUGCGUCGAACCGUAUCUCAUAUGUCUUCGACUUCAAGGGCCCCUCCAUGACUAUCGACACAGCAUGUUCAUCAAGCUUGGUAGCUGUUCAUCUCGCAGUCUCUGCUUUACGGCAGGGAGAGUGCAAGGUUGCAUUUGCUUGCGGUGCACACCUUAACCUUUCGCCGAAUGAGUGGAUCGCACUGUCCAAGAUGAACAUGAUCAGCUCUGACGGACGGAGCAAGCACCUCGAUGCCACGGCAAACGGGUACGGGCGAGGCGAAGGUACUAGUGUCGUGUGCCUGAAGCUCCUCGAGGACGCGGUGAAAGAUGGGGAUCAUAUCGAAUGUGUUAUCCGACAGACUGGAAUCAAUCAGGACGGGAGAACUAAAGGCAUCACUAUGCCCAGUGCUGAGGCGCAAGCUGAUCUUAUACGCCGUACAUACAACAGUGUUGGGUUGGAUCCUACUAAACUGGAUCAUCGACCGUCAUUCUUCGAAGCUCACGGAACGGGCACACCAGCCGGUGAUCCUGUCGAAGCUCAGGCAGUACAGGACGCCUUCUUUCCUCCUGGGCAAAACUACAAUGACGAGGUACUUCAUAUCGGAUCUAUCAAAACGAUCAUUGGUCAUACAGAAGGUACCGCUGGCGUUGCUGGAUUGCUCCGAGCUUCCCUUGCGGUUAGUCAUGGCAUUCUACCACCUAGUUUGCAUAUGUCAAAUCUCAACCCAGCUGUUGCCCCCUUCUCGAAUAAUUUGCGCACGAUAAGCAGAGCGAAAUCAUGGCCAGCAAUUCCGGCGGUUACCCCUCGUCGAGUCUCGGUGAACAGCUUCGGCUUCGGGGGUACAAAUGUUCACGCCAUUGUGGAAAGCUACGAUAAACACUCGAAGAUUGACCUGGCACUUAAGUUACCCGCUACAAACACACUUCCCUUACUGUCACCUUUUGUUUUCUCGGCAGUCUCAAAGGCAGCGCUGGCAUCAGUCAUGAAGAGCUUGUCCCAUUACAUCCGCAGCGUAAAGCACCAUUCACAGUUCAGAGAUCUUGCAUCUACCUUGCAACAACAUCGGACCCAGUUCUCAGUCAGGCACACAAUGUCGGCUUCAAACUUUGAAGAACUUAGCAUCAAGCUAGCACAAGCACUUGCUAGCCACAAAGCUGAAAACGACCUUGAAUCUUCCAAGUUUACCGUUGGCAGCGACGUGAAGCCUCGACUUAUGGGUAUCUUUACUGGCCAAGGCAGUGCACAAUAUUCGUCCAUGGCAAAGUCAUUGAUCAAAAAAUCAAGCUAUGCACGCAAGAUCAUCUCCAGUCUCGACGAGUCAUUAGCCAGCCUUCCCGAGGACGAUCGUCCGGACUGGUCUUUGAUGGGUGAGAUGACAGUCGACGAUGAUAAGUCACGCAUGGAUGAAGCACUUAUAGCACAACCUGUUACUACCGCUGUCCAAAUCUUGCUUGUGGACUUGCUUGCCUCCGCUGAUGUCAAGUUGGACAUGGUCGUUGGCCACUCAAGUGGAGAAAUUGCAGCUGCAUACUCGGCCGGUCUGAUAACAGCCAGGGAUGCUAUCCGGAUAGCCUACUACCGAGGCUUGCACUCGAGUUUGUCUUCUGGCAACGGUGCCAUGCUUUCAACGUUUCUGAACUUCCAGGAUGCAAUCAAGUUUUGUGCACGCGAGGAGUUUCGAGAUCGCAUUGUCUUAGCUGCCUCUAAUGGACCAUCAAUGACUACCUUGUCAGGAGAUGCAGAGACUAUCGAUAGGGCUUCGAUUACACUUGGACAGGAGAAUGUCGUCGCUAGAAAGCUCAAGGUGGACAAAGCAUACCACUCUCAUCAUAUGAAUGAGAUCGCGGAUGGAUAUAUGGAGUCGAUUCGCUUGAACACAGCGAAAUCUGCAUUACCCGUUUCUGGUGGUACAUCCUGGUAUUCCAGCGUGUUUCCUGGGCGUGGAGCCGAUGUACUCCAAGAGCUCGACCAUGAUUACUGGGUACAGAAUCUGAAAUCUCCUGUUCUCUUUUCAGAGGCGGUAUCUGGUGUCAUGGAUGUAACUCACAAACCCGACAUCUUCCUCGAAAUCGGACCCCAUCCCGUCUUCGAGCGAGCCGUAGCCAAGAUUCUUGAAGGUACCGAUACCAAAGAAUAUCACUAUAUCGGUCUCUUGAAGCGGGGUCAUGACUCAGUGGAAACCAUGUCGGAUGCCCUUGGUUCAAUCUGGACACUUUUCGGUCAUGGUGCAGUCAAUCUCGGGAAUUACGAGCACAAGCUGAACCCCGAGCAUCCGCAGCCAAAUUUCAUCUUUAAUCUCCCUAAUUAUCCAUGGCAGCACAACAAGGAGUAUUGGUGGGACAACCGACUUCUUCGCCAUCGCCAUGGGCAGUCUCGUCGUCCUCUUGAAUUGUUAGGAAAGGAAGCUUCGUUGGGGGCACAACACGAAGUCAAGUAUCGCUGCUUUGCCAGCCCCAAGGACAUCACUUGGUUGAGUGGCCACAGGGUCAAUGGAACGAUCAUCCUUCCUGGAGCAUCGUAUGUGUCGAUGGUAAUGACAGCUGCCACACAAAUUUUCCUCGCCAAUAACAUUGAGAUGAUUGAGGUGAAGGAUCUACAGCUGCAGAAUGCUAUCAGUUUUCCCGAGGAAGACGCCGCUGUUGAAAUUAUCCUGACUAUGUUCAAAAUCAACUUCAAUUCGCGUUCCGGUCGAGCUGAGUUUGUAGUCGACUUCUGUAGUGAUCAGGGACAGGGCGAAUUAUCUACUGCCGUCCGUGGAGAGCUUAUUGUUCGAUUCGGGGAGGAUGUAAGCAAGGAAGGUCAACGGCGCCCUCCCACUCAGUCCCAUCGGCUGGUUUCAAUCGAUCCCGUUGACUUUUACAACUCAAUCGCUCGAGAUGGCUAUGGCUUCACCGAUUCGUUCCGCAGCAUAACAUCACUUCAACGACGCCGGGACUUUGCCACUGGAGUGGUCACCACAGGGCUGUCUGAACUCCUCUUCCACCCUGCACUAUUGGAUGGUCUAUUUCAAGGAGGCUUGGCUGCAGAUAGCUACCCGGAGGAUUCUAUCGUCUCAAAUCUUCGGGUGCCAGCAUCUAUCAAAAGCGUCAAAGUCUUCACAAAUCGUCUGAAAGAAGGCCAAAUCCAGGAGUAUGGUUUUGAUACCAAGAAGAACAACAAUGAGUAUAGUGGGUCACUGUAUGACCGAUCAUCACAGUUUACCGUCAUCAGUGUGCAAGGCUUGAUUGCAGCACCUUUCACGGUUGAAACACCCGAGAAGGACAUAAAGAUGUUCGCUGAAGAGAUCUGGAAACAUGACCUAUCGGUCCAACAACUUCUAUCACGACCAAUCCCCUCGAACGAACACUUGAUACGGCCAGUGUUGGUCGCUGAACGGCUAGCAUUGUAUUACUUGCGAAACCUCUGCGAGUCGAUAUCAGUUCAGGAGGAAGCGAAUGCUGCGCCCCACUUGAAGAAGCUUCUCAGAUGUGCGCGACGCAUCGUAGUCGACACUGGACUCGGCUUGUUACCUCACCUGGAUAAGCGCUUUCUUGAGGAUACUGAAUUGACGAUUGCAAGCCUUCUUCAACAGUUUGGUGAUUUCGUUGGAGUCGAACUAACCGAUCGGAUUGGUAAAGUCUAUCCUUCAAUUAUUCGAGGCGAGGAAGAGGCUAUCAAUGUCCUGACGAAGGAGAAUGGAUUGACCAGGCUGUUCCGACAAGGCUUCGGAUUGGGUGAGAGUAACAUCGCACUAUCCCAAUUCAUUGCGGCCAAGACCGAUAUGAUGCCAAACAUGAGGAUCUUGGAGGUCGGAGCAGGAACUGGAGCAGUCUCUGAAUUGAUUUUGAAAUCUAGCACAUAUGCAUCAUAUACCUAUACGGACAUCUCUCCUGCGUUCCUUGGCAUUGCGAAGGAGAAGUUCCAUGGGUAUUCUGAAAAGGUCAACUACCAGGUCUACGACGUGGACGAAGAUCCUGAAGUGCAAGGCUUCACACCAGACUCCUACGAAAUGAUAAUCGCGAGCAAUGUCCUCCAUGCAUCGUCGAAUUUGGAUAACACUCUUUCACAUCUGCGGAAGUUACUGCGCCCUGGUGGUUACUUAGUCCUGAUGGAGCUCUCACCUAACGAAAUAAUCGUAAAUACAGUCUUAAUGGGCGGUUUCACAGGGUGGUGGCAUCAUGAAAACACGUAUCGGCCAUGGGCUCCGGUGUUCACCCGAUCACAGUGGGAUUUGGGUUUCAAAUCAUCAGGCUUUUCCGGAAUCGACGGUUUUACUCAAGCGGAAAACGACCUCACCAAUGGAUACUGCAUCAUGGUCACACAAGCGAUAGAUGACAGGGUUAAGGCUCUCCGCGAACCACUGAGUACACUGCCGCCACCGCAAGAGGAUUUGCUAAUUAUUGGAGGAUGUCCUGAUCUCACCAAUGCUUUGGAUAGGCUUCUGUACCCAUAUUUUAGGUCAGUGAUCCAUGUGGCAAGCCUCGAAGACAUCUUGGAACUCUCCUGCAUUCCGCAGGUAGUUUUGUGUCUUCUUGAGUUGGAUAGACCAAUCUUCCAGUGCUUGAAACAGAAAACGUGGGAAGCGUUGCGCACUCUGUUCUUAAGAUCCACCAAUGUUCUUUGGGCAGACGCCAGAGGAAGAAAUCCAGCGAGUCUCUGCGAAUGUCUUCUCAACAUGACUAUAGGUCUACUAAGGACAGUACGUUGUGAAAUAUCAACUUUGAGGCUCCAGCACCUGAGUGUCGAUCAAGCAGACUAUCCACAGUUGGCAGAAGUCAUCGGUGGAGCAUUGAUCCGAUGGUAUCUGCUGGGUCAAUUCGCGGAGCAAGGUUGGCAGGACGACGUGCUAUUUCCUCACCACACUGAGAUGGUCUUGGAACAAGGACAAAUUCUCCUUCCCAGAACUGUACAUUCGCAAGCGCCAAAUGACCGAUUCAAUUCUCAACACCAACUGGUCAUGAGCGAUGUAACUCUGGAUGAUUCAGCGAUUGAGGUGCGCUUCCAGCAAUCGGGUCUCAUUCAUGAGGUGUACAGGGCACUACCUCAAAGCUGGGAAGCAGGCCACCAGGUGGGUAUUGUGUAUUCAUCACUGCACGCCAUCAAGAUCAAAAAGACAGGGUAUUUCUUCGUCAGUGUAGGCGUUUGGAACAACGACCUAGUCCUUGUCCUUUCAACUUCACUCGCCUCAACUGUGGUCGUCAAACAGAAUAUGAUACGCUUCAGUGGUAGUUUGAGGCGUGCACCUAACACGUAUCUCCACAUGUUGGUGAGCAAUCUCAUUGUGCAGAACGUCAUGGCAUCCGCUCGAUCGAAAGGUGCUUUGGUGAUCCUAACGUCAGAUUCGGCUUUUGCAGUAACCAUUCGACAGAUGGUAGAACCAUACAAGAAACUGACCUUCGUUACAACGGACUCUCAAGUAGAUAUUCCAGACGUUGUCUUUGCCAGCCUGAAUGCAUCAACCGAGGAUCUACGUGACCUUUUGCCAGCAUCGACCUCCACAUUCAUCAAUCUGUCUGAUUUUGAGGAUGAUGUGGAGCUGUUCAAUCGUCUUGGGCCCAUGUUUGAGCGGGAAGGAGUUAAGAUCAAAUCUUUCGAGGAGUUCUACAAGCCUGUUUCCUCCGACUACAACGAGAAUGGACAGAGGCUGCGUACCACUCUGCAGACCGUGAUUGAGGCUUGCGAUAACAACAUCCAUCAUCAAGAGAACAUUUACGACCCAAAGCAUUUGAUGCUCACAGUUGACGAGCUUUCUGGCGCCCGGAAACGAGGUUUCUCGAUGCUAGUAGAUUGGACCGCACCUGCGAACAUCGCAGUCAAAGUCCGACCUUUAGGUUCUACUGUCAAUCUCUCGCCCGAGAAAACGUACAUCAUCAUUGGCAGUAGCGAACUAUGCCAGUCGCUCGCUGAAUGGAUGGUUAUGCAAGGUGCUAGGACCGUUAUCCUGGGUAGCCGUAACCCCGUCGGCCUUGAUGCAUGGGUUACUCAUAUGCGAUCAUCCACUGGUGCUCGUAUCUGCCCGAUGUCGGUAGACGUUACAAAAGUCUUGUCUGUUAUCAAAUUGGCUGCGAUGACGAAAUCCGCGUCCGAUGGUGGCAGCUUCCCUCCAGUUGGAGGCAUCGUCCACAUGGGAUUGGUACUGAAGGACGCAGCAUUUGAGAAGAUGUCAUACGAGGAACUGACAGCGGUGACGGAUGUUAAAGCGAGAGGAAGUUUACACCUGCAUGAGGCAUUCAAAGAGGAGAAACUCGACUUCUUCAUUUUAACCUCUAGUAUAUCAUACACGACAGGAAAUCCUGGUCAAGCGAACUACAAUUGUGGAAAUGGAUUCAUGGUCGGACUUGCCAAGUACCGGAGGUCUAUUGGUCUGCCAGCAUCUGUCGUGGAUCUAGGUCAUGUAUCUGGACUGGGAUAUAUCACUCGGACCAGAGAAGGUACCGCAUACAAGUUCAGCAACGAAGAUUUGCGUCUUCGUGGAGGUUACCCGGUUUCUGAACGCGACGUGUAUCAAAUCUAUGCUGAAGUAAUCCUUGCGAGUCCAGCAGACUCUGGAAUUCCCGUGGAGAUCAUUACAGGAGUUCGGGAAAUCGAGCACGACAUGAUGGAUCGAUUCAUUGCAGCCAAAGAGCCGAGAUUCGCUCAUCUUCGAGUUCAUAAGCAAAUUAGCCAUUCCAAGAAACACGAACAGCAGUUGUCUCUCCGGGAGCAAAUCCAGGCAGCACAUGGAACACCCUCCGAUGACCUGCAAGACACUAUUGCAAAGAUUGUUCAUGCGGGGUUUGUGAACCGCCUCAGCGUCUUGCUGCACAUGAGCAAAGAAGAGAUCCCAGAAAACAGGAGCUUGCUGGAAGUGGGCAUCGAUUCACUUGUCGCGACCGAGGUCGGCAGUUGGGCACGCAAGGAGCUCAAAGUGCAGGUUCCAUCUUCGAUGAUCUUUGGAGGAUCUAGCCUAUUGGACCUAGUGAAAUAUGCGACGGACCAUUUGGAUGAGGAGUGGAUCAUGGGACGAGAGAAUGUAGAAUGA